GAACACAUCUCAGAAGAAUCAAAAUCAUUCUGGAAUCGAAAUCAAAAUUCAAAAACCAGAGAAUGCAAAGAAAGUGAAUUGCUGAAGUAGUCAAUUUCCAGUAACUUCAGAUCGCGACACCAUGUCGAUCGAUGAACUGAAAUCUGCUAUGGAGGGACACGUUGAUCUUAUGUCAGAUCUUGUUCAGAAAAUCUCUUCCGAACUUCGUUCUAAUCUUCGUCCUGCUAAAGAUAACUUUUUAGGUUUCUUUCAUGCUAUUGAUUGGAAGGAACCCUGGCUACUGGGAUUGUUAACAUUCCAUGUUCUAUUGCUUCUUGCAAUUAUCAUCUCUCGGAAGAAUACCAAUUUUCAGAUGUGCUUGUUCCUUUUGGCAUUGGCUGGUGUAUAUCUUGCUGAGAGACUUAAUAGUAUUUUGGGGGAAAACUGGAAAAGCUUCUCUAGUCAAAACUAUUUUGAUCCAAGUGGAGUAUUUAUGUCAGUUCUUUGGUCUGGACCUCUUCUUGCAUUCUCAAUGAUAAUCUUGAUCAAUACACUCUUUUCCUUAUGUUACUUGAUUGUUAAGUGGAAAAGAGCUGAACUAAGACAUCGUGCAAGGGCUGCUCGUAGUAAGCAGGAAUAGUUGAUCUAUAUUGGAUUUUGAUUGAUUGAAUGUAGUCAGAUUUUGAUGGAUUAAACUAAGGAGUUUGUGUCCAUGAAGUGUUGUAAUCACAUGGUCAUACGAAUGAGUUGUCUUUCUUCUUUCCUCCCAAACAAAGUUUCUUAUUGAUUACUCCACUUAUGUUAACUAACAUGAAUUUUCCCAUGCAUCAGUUCAUUCUGUUUAUGUAACUCUUCCAAAAACGAAGGAUCACUUGUUCAAAUAUCGUUUUUAUUUUUGACUUGUUUA